GCCAGUUUCAUACCCUACCGAGCACUUGAAGAUCAUCGUCUACCAGUUUGGAAUACAGCCAUGACUGCACUCGUCGUGACAAGUUUUAUAUAUGGAAUUCCAAAAUGCCGAAAGCCUCAGUAGCUGCAUGGCACGAGCAUCCCGGGAAUCAGGAUUCGUAGAUAGAGAGCAGAAAAGAUUUAUAAAGCUAUCCGACCUGCAAGUAAAUUCUGUUGAACAUCGCUAAGGAUAAGGAUAUCUACCACCGAUUGACGAUUUGCAACCGCAAGUGGGAGAUGCAAUUCCUCGGUGAUAAUGCAUUUGAUACUACAUGUAGUUCCAAGUAACGGUCAGUGAUUAAGCCUAUCAACGUUACAGCCUUCGAGCCUCGCAUAUCUCCACCCCAUGUUCAAUAGCAUGAUAUUUUCGGAGCAAUAAUUCAAAUAAGUAUAAUAAUGCGCGCUGCUGCAUGUGUCGCCCUGUCUGCUAACAAUUGCUAUUCAUCGAUUCUCAAAGUCGGGACGAAAUGGACGGUGGUAAUCAGUAUAAUGAGAAGGUACUGUCACGCUAUAAUGGGACCGUGGAAACGGAUCAACGCUGCAGACUUCUUAGGGACAUGGACCAGGACGAAAAUCAUUAUGUACUCAUUGAAACCAAUGAUAAAAGAGGGAAUUCUCGUCUCCGUAAAUGGCUUAUCGGUUUACUCAUUUGCCUCUGUGCUUCCCUUGUGAUAGUCAACAGUUUUACGUACAGACAAUUCAUCUCAUCUCAUUCCACACCGCGGUUUCACAACCUGAUCCGAGAGAAUGAGAUCGAGGUCGAUAGUAGCGAUGCGGAUGUGCCGAUGGGUCCGGUUCCUGGUUUCGUCGUGCGGACAUCAGGCUGCCGAAUUCCAUCAUUCGAGGUGAUGGACGAGAGCAUCAGGCGAUACUUCCAGGAAACGACGGAGUUCCAGUGCAAUGCCGGCACUCACCUACCCCUGGUCGACUCGAACCUCACAUCGCUGUUCGUGGACCCGAAAGCGAAAGCAUAUUUCUACAAUGACACCGAACCUGUGCAGUGUUGCUGGAGUAAAUUCUGGAGAUCGGAGGGUAAUGACAACAGUAUUAGCUACGAAUCAACGUGCCAAAAUUUCGUUAACUCGACCAGGAUCAAGGACGGGGAAUUCGUCAAGGUCAAGUGCGAGAGAAAAGGAAAAGAGGUGUACACGGACUAUCAUGCGUUUGUACCGCGUAAGGAGUCGGUCGAAAAUAGGUGCGGGUCUUCACCCGCGCCCGGGCCGGGUUCCGGGCGUCUCAGUGUCCUCAUCUUGGGGUUGGAUUCGGUUUCGAGGCUCAAUUUUCACCGGACAAUGCCGAAGACCGUUGCGGCGCUGCAAGGUCUUGGGGCCGUGGAGAUGAUGGGAUACAACAAGGUCGGCGAUAACACCUUUCCCAACUUGGUACCCGUGCUGUCCGGGUUGUCCGAAGAGGAGUUGACCAUCGCUUGCUGGACUACGAAGAAGAAAACAUUCGACGACUGCCCUUUCAUAUGGAGCAACUUCAGCGCCGCAGGGUACCGCACUGUUCUCGGCGAAGACGCCUGCAGUAUAACCACAUUCAACUACCUGAAGUCCGGAUUCAAGAACGAGCCAACGGACUACUAUUUACGGCCGUAUUGCAUCGCGACCGAGAACGGCAUCGGCAACACGCACAAGCUGAACGCGGACUUGUGCGUGGGCACCAGAAUGACCUUCGACAAUCUGUUGGCCUACUCUCGAAAGGUCGCUGAGGAGUUCGCGAAGGAUUCAUAUUUCGCUUUUUUCUGGCAGGCAAGCUUGACUCACGACUUUGUUACCUACUCGAAAUUCGGCGACGAGUCCUACCGGCGGUUCAUCGACCAAGCAGCCGACGAUGGCCUCCUCGAACACACCGCUCUGAUCGUAAUGAGCGACCACGGUAUUAGGUGGGGCAGCUUCCGACAGACUUAUCAGGGCUACGUGGAAGAGAGGCUACCCUUCGUGUUCAUCGCUUUACCGAGGUGGUGGAGAGAAAAGUUUCCUAGCGCUUGGGCCAACUUCAGACGAAACUCACGGAGUCUUACGACACCGUUCGACCUCCACGAGACCCUACAGCACAUCCUGAGGCCGGAGGAACUCGAGGAAGAUAAGCUCAAGGAAAGAUCACGGCGAAUAUUGACGGAGAGGAACACGCCCCGCGGCCUCAGCUGGUUCCUUCCAAUUCCUGAUCACCGGAACUGCUCCAUGGCCGGCAUUCCUGGCCAAUGGUGCAUGUGCCAUCUCAGCCAGAGUACCCCGACCACUGACCCCAUGGUCCAGCAGGCCGUUGGCUUUUUGGUCAAUGAAUUGAACCGCCUGCUGCAAAGCUAUCCUCAGUGCGCGGUUUUGAAGCUCAAGUCUAUUUUAAACUCUAAGGUGUGGGGUGCCCAGUCUCAUAAAUCGGACAAAGCUGCUCCGGCGACUGACUACUCCAUUACGAUUCAGACCCAGCCUGGUGACGCUAUUUUUGAGGCCUCCAUUCGACAUCGAGCUGAAGACUUGAGCCAAACCCUUGUCGGAUCCAUCAGCCGACUGAACCUGUACGGUAAACAGAGCGCCUGCGUUGAUGACUUUAAAAUGCGCCUGUACUGCUACUGUCCGUGACAUAUCUCCCCCACACAUAUCUUCUACACACAUGUCUCCCUCACACAUAUCUUCUACACACAUAU